ACACGGCUUUCCCGCCCUCAGCGCGUGAUCCAAAUGAAAAGUCCGUGGGUGUGAAAAUUCACUGGGCCAGUUCUCGCGCGACACGCGACCAGUGCGGACGUCCCUACGUCGCUCCUUGCCAAGUUUACCGCGCGAAAGUUUUCACGUUAACAAAAGUGACAAGAUAAUUUUACAAUAGUGUCAAAACAGUGUUUGUUUGUUCGUAAUAAUUUGUGUUAAUGAGUGUUUUGCUUCAUGAAUGACAUUUCGAUUUAAGCACCACGAAAAAUGUCAUCGACCUAAUAAAACUAACAAAAGGACAACAAUGUGAAAUAAUGAAUUGAAACACACAUGAUUUCAACAACCAACUUUACACACACACCGUCAAAUGUGAACACAAUACAAUACGAUUGCACAAAUAUAACAUACAGUUACAAAAAUGCAACACACAACUGCACUUACGAGUCUACGGAGGAGUAUGAACACUCAGGCUUCGCGAAGACGAAUUUCUCGAACGCGACCUUCGCGAUGUCGAACGAAAACUUCACGGAUUAUGAGAUACCGUAUUACAUAAAGACCACAUCAAUGACUUUUUGCAUAGUGAUAAUGUGUUUGGGUGUGAUCGGGAAUGUGAUGGUACCUAUAGUGAUUCUGAAGACGAAGGAUAUGAGGAACUCGACGAAUAUAUUUCUAGUGAACUUAAGUAUCGCGGACUUGAUGGUGUUGCUUGUGUGUACGCCGACUGUGCUUGUUGAGGUGAACUCGAAACCUGAAACCUGGGUGCUCGGGAAGGAGUUAUGUCUAGCAGUACCCUUCGUGGAGCUGACAGUGACCCACGCAUCAGUGCUGACCAUCCUCGCGAUCAGCUUUGAGCGAUACUACGCGAUCUGCGAACCUCUGCGAGCUGGUUACGUCUGCACUAAGACUAGGGCAACACUAAUCUGCGCUCUAGUAUGGUUCUUCGCGGCACUAUUUACAAGUCCCAUUCUCGCCGUGGCCACCUUCACCUACGAGGUUUACGAUGACGGCACCCAGGUCCCAGUCUGCCUCACCCAGGCAGACACCUUCUGGUCAGCGCUGUUCUUCAUCCUCACCAUAGCAGUUUUCUUCAUCGUUCCUCUUGGAGUGCUCCUUGUCUUGUACAGCGUCAUAGCUAAAAACCUCAUGGAAAACCCCGUCAUCAUUGCCCAAAACACUAAAAACACCAACAAUACUGGUAAUGUCGUCAGGUAUAGAAAGCAAGUCAUUCUCAUGCUCGGUACUGUCGUCCUCUCUUUCUUCCUCUGUCUCCUCCCAUUUAAAGCCCUCACUCUAUGGAUCAUCGUAUUCCCACCAGAGACAAUAAUGUCAUUAGGUAUAGACGGUUACUACAUACUUUUAUAUUUUUGUAGGGUUAUGCUAUAUUUAAACUCGGCGAUCAAUCCAAUAUUAUACAAUUUAAUGUCGUCGAAAUUUAGAGAAGGAUUUGUGAAAUUGUUAAGAAUUAAUAAACUAAUGAGAUGUAGCAGGAAUUUGAGAGAAACAAUGCAAAGACGGGACACGUUCAAUACUACUACUUCGACUGGAUUUUCAAGUAGUCAGAACACGUCGGACUCUUUUUGGAGAAGAUAUAGUAAUAGGACAUCAUCACAGAAGAUUUUCAUCAACAGAGAAAGUAAGAAAGUGAAAGAGGAAAACGUGCAGCAAAUGAAAGUAGGAGAAAUAAUAAAUGUCGAGAACACGAGACGGAACAGUAUGAAGAUGAUAGCAGCACUAAACGAGACAGACAAUGACAUAUACGCUGAUGUACAUGACAAUGAUUACCCAAACGAAUUAGCAAUAGACACUGCCAAUGAGAACAAUAAACAAAUACAAAUAUUAAAUCUAGAUGUAAAAACUAACAAUGUAUAUUCAAUAACUUUAGAUGUAAGCGAUUCGGUUGAGGGUAGGAACAAAUUUGUUUGUAUACCAGCGUUGGACAGAGAAAAUAAUAUAUUUAUAUACGAUUACAGAACUAAGGAGAGCUUUGUAUGAACUGUUUCCUUUGAUGCCGCUGGCUUGGAGCCAGACGAUUUAGUGCAUUUACUUAAGACAUACAAAUAUAUUUGGAAUUGAUUCAUACAUCACUGGAUUAAGAUAAUAGUUGCGGAAUUACUGAAAUAGAUUCUAAAUGUACUUAGCCACUAUAAAUCUCUAAUAGCGCGUUGGUCGACCAAUGCGAUUGCAAAUUAUUAUGACUUCAUUUCGCAGUGGUUACAGUAUCAUUGGGGCUUGUACGUUGCGAAAAUUUCUCAGUAGCAGCAUAGAAUCUGGAACCAUGCCCAGUUAGUAAUUAGAUAACAGUAAAAAAUUGGGAACUAGAAGUUGGAUAGUAUAUAUACGUCUCUGUCUAACCAUUUUAAGGAUUAAA